UCUUUUUUCACUCUCUCUCAUAAAGAAAGCUUUAUCACGUGUGGCCUUAAACUUGCAGCAAAUUGCAAGGAAAUGGCUCAAAGUCUUCAGCUCUUUCUGUGCCCUGGGAGCUGAGAUGCGCGUCAUUGGCCUCGCCAGCGUGGCCAGUUCUCUGCAGACUGCCAGAAAAAAGAGGCCAGCAGGAAAGACGAAAGAGAAGAGAUUGCCCAGGGUCUGUGGUGCGUGUGGUCCAGCCUCUGGCAGAGCCCAUUGAGAGGAACUGGUGGCCUUUGAUCUCCACCUCCAGUUGUCAAGAAAAGUCAGUGAGCCCCUCAAAGUUAGUUUGGUGGAAAUAGGAGAGGAGACGGGUUGAAGAAGUCGGAGAAACUCAAUUCCAGAUUUGACAGAUCAGAGUCAAGGAGUAUUUUUAUAAUGGACACUUCAUCCAAAGAAAAUAUCCAGUUAUUUGGCAAAAAUUCAGUACAACCUGUUGGAAAGUCUUCCUUAAAAACAGAAUAUCCCUCCUCAGAGGAAAAACAACCAUGCUGUGGUGAACUGAAGGUGUUCUUGGGUGCCUUGUCUUUUGUGUACUUUGCCAAAGCAUUGACAGAAGGCUAUCUGAAGAGCACCAUCACUCAGAUAGAGAGAAGGUUUGAUAUCCCUUCUUCACUGGUGGGAAUUAUUGACGGUAGUUUUGAAAUUGGGAAUCUCUUAGUUAUAACAUUUGUUAGCUACUUUGGAGCCAAACUUCACAGGCCAAAAAUAAUUGGAGCAGGGUGCCUAAUCAUGGGAGUUGGAACGUUGCUCAUUGCAAUGCCUCAGUUCUUCAUGGAGCAGUACAGAUAUGAGAGGUAUUCUUUCUCCAAUUCAACUCUCAGCACCUCUCCAUGUCUCCUAGACUCAAGUAGUCAACUACCAAUCUCAGUUCUGGAAAAGUCACCAUCCAAAAUAAGGGACGAGUGCGAAGUUGAUGCCAGCUCCUCCAUGUGGGUUUAUGUUUUCCUGGGAAAUCUUCUUCGGGGGAUAGGAGAAACUCCCAUCCAGCCUCUGGGCAUUGCCUACCUGGAUGAUUUUGCCACUGAAGACAAUGCAGCUUUCUAUAUUGGUGAUUUUGGGUGUGUGCAGACGGUUGCAAUUAUAGGACCGAUCUUUGGCUUCCUGUUAGGAUCAUUAUGUGCCAAACUGUAUGUUGACAUUGGCUUUGUAAACCUAGAUUACAUAACCAUUUCCCCGAAGGAUCCCCAGUGGGUAGGGGCCUGGUGGCUUGGUUAUCUCAUAGCAGGAAUUGUAAGUCUUCUUGCGGCUGUGCCUUUCUGGUGUUUACCAAAGAGCCUACCAAGACCCCAAAGUGGCGAGGACUCUAAUUCCUCUCCUGAGAAGUCCAAGUUUAUUAUAGAUGAUCACACAGACUACCAAACACCCCAUGAAGAAAAAGCAAAAAUAAUGGAAAUGGCAAAAGAUUUCCUUCCAUCACUGAAGAAUCUUUUUGGAAAUCCAGUGUACUUCCUAUAUUUGUGUACAAGUACCGUUCAGUUUAAUUCCUUAUUUGGCAUGGUGACGUAUAAACCAAAGUACAUUGAGCAACAGUAUGGCCAGUCAUCUUCCAAGGCCAACUUCGUUAUCGGGCUCAUCAACAUACCUGCAGUGGCCCUUGGAAUACUUUCUGGGGGGAUAGUUAUGAAAAAAUUCAGAAUCAGUGUGUGCGGAGCUGCAAAACUCUACUUGGGAUCAUCUGUCUUUGGUUACCUCCUAUUCCUUUCCCUGUUUGCACUGGGCUGUGAAAAUUCUGAUGUGGCAGGGCUAACUGUCUCCUACCAAGGAACCAAACCUGUCUCUUAUUAUGAACGAGCUCUCUUUUCAGAUUGCAACUCAAGAUGCAAAUGUUCAGAGUCAAAAUGGGAACCCAUGUGUGGUGAAAAUGGAAUCACAUAUGCAUCAGCUUGUCUUGCUGGUUGUCAAACCUCCAACAGAAGUGGAAAAAAUAUUAUAUUUUAUAACUGCACCUGUGUGGGAAUUGCAGCCUCUAAAUCAGGAAACUCCUCAGGCAUAGUGGGGAGAUGUCAAAAAGAUAAUGAAUGUCCCCAAAUGUUUCUCUAUUUCCUUGUCAUUUCCGUCAUCACAUCCUAUACAUUAUCUCUAGGUGGCAUACCUGGAUACAUAUUACUUCUCAGGUGCAUUAAGCCACAACUGAAGUCCUUUGCCCUGGGUAUCUAUACCUUAGCCAUAAGAGUUCUUGCAGGAAUCCCAGCUCCGGUAUAUUUUGGAGUUUUGAUUGACACUUCAUGCCUCAAAUGGGGAUUUAAGAGAUGCGGAAGCAGAGGAUCCUGCAGAUUAUAUGAUUCAAACGCUUUCAGACACAUAUAUCUGGGACUCACUGUGAUAUUGGGCAUGGUAUCCAUUUUCCUAAGCAUUGCACUACUUUUCAUUUUAAAGAAAAAUUAUGUUUCAAGACAUGAAAACUUCAUAACCAAGAGAGACAGAACAAUGGUGUCUACAAGAUUUCUAAAGGAAAACUGUACUACAAGUGAUCAUUUGCUACAACCUAACUACUGGCCAGGCAAGGAAACACGACUUUAGAAAAAUAAUGACUCGAAGCCAGGUUUUCUAAUCGGUGGACAUUUUGCCAACAAAUAAAUUUUAAAGAAGAACAUGUUAAAUGUGUAAUUUCUUUCUCAUUUCAAAAAAGUCUACUUUGUUUUUGACCCUAGGCAUUAGAUAAUAUACCUGAUAAUAAAUAUUAUUAAACAUAUUACAGAGGAUGCAAAUGAUAAAACUAAUUUUAAACCUUGUAAUUCAUAUAUAAUUUCUUAUAUUAUUUUUCUCCUUUAUUUUGCCUUGUGUUCAUCGAUAUGUAUUAGCUGCAGUUCUAGUAGAACAAUUGUCCCUGUUUGGUUACAUUUAAAGUAAUUUCUAAACUGAGUUACUUGUCUAAAGUAAGAGAACACUGCUAGGAAAUUAGUCAUGCCUUGGACUUCAAGUAUCACCUUAAUGAUGAUGUUAGGAUGGCGCCAGAAUGGAGAGAAAGAUUUCACUUUAAACUCCUCCUUUUCCUUGAAAUACAAUAAUUGAUAUAGAAAUGUGUAGUAGCAAGUGAUCGUGGGCAUCAGAAUUUUGGAUUAUUAGCUCAUCGACUAUUCAUUUACAUAUGCUUCUUGUGUGAUACUGUAAACGACCAUGGUUGUAAAGUAAUAAAGUUAAUGUUAACAUCCUUUAUCAACCUUUUAUGAGUUCAGUAGAUUAAAGAAUAUUGUUAAAUACAAUACUGCCCGUAUUUUAAUGUAUGUAAUCUCCUUAUUUAUAUACAUGAUGUGUUUCUAAAACAUGCUUGAAAGUUGGAUUUUCAAAAGUGUACAAUAAAUGUAGGUGGUGUAAUAGGAAUGGAGAGUGAUGGAUGAAUGAUGGGAAGGCAGGGGGGACAUCUAUUAGUGCCCCACCUGUCAUCCAUCAUGGGGUCUGGGGACUCAUGGAUAGGAAGUUGCCACUGGUACAAACUGCCACUAUCUUUCACUGCAGCUAAAAAGUCCAAGCCAGGCAUUUCCUCUUUCCUGGCUCCUUGGUGCUCCUCUGAGUAGUGUUCAUAGGAUCAGCAGUCCACCAUCUUUAAUAUCAGCUUUAUCAUGUAUUAUACUUUUCUUCAUCCAUCCAGCUAUAUAGAGGGGCCUGAACCUUCCAAGAAAAGCACACUUAAGACAGAGACCUCCCUAGUAAGGCAUCCUUUUCAGCUACCACCAGCUCACAAUCCAAUACUGUCUGUAUUCUGUUAGUCCUAUACAAACCAGAAAAGAUUGGGUAGAAGAAAAAGUUGGGUUAGGAAAGAAAGCCUGAAUGACAUUUAGUAUGAGUGAGAACACAGGAGUCCCUCAAAUGCACAAGAGGAGGACCUGCACUUAUCAAGAAUAUUUUCAAGGUCAGAAUGGAGACACAUAAUUCUACUACAUACCACCCACUCUAAAAAUUGUGUUGCUAGCCUGGGCACCGUGGCUCACACCUAAAAUCCUAGCACUCUGGAAGGCCAAGGUGGGAAGAUCACUUGAGCUUAGGAGUAUUAAGAUCAACAUAAACAAGAGUGAGACUCCAUCUCUACUUAAAAAAAAAAAAAUAGAAAAAUUAGCUGGAUGUUGUGGCAGGUAUCUGUAGUCCCAGUUACUCGGGAGGCUAAGGCAGGAGGAUCACUUGAGCCCAGUAGUUUGAGGUUGCUGUGAGCUAGGCUGAUGCCAUGGCACUGUAGCCCAGGGCAACAAAUUAAGACUCUGUCUCUAAAUAAAUAAAUUAAUUAAUUAAAAUAAAAUAAAUAAAUAAAAAUGGUAUUAUUUAAUCUUUAAAGCAGUCUUAGUAUCAGAACCCUCAUUUUAUAUAUGGUAAAACAGGCUAAGAGAGGUUAAAUAAAUUGCUUAUCCUUGGAGGGGUAUAGUCAGGAUUAAACAUAUGUAUAAAUCUAAAGUUGUCUUUCCAAGCUGACACAAUAUGACAUUAA